AUGGGAUUGGCACAGUGUGUGGCCUCGAGUAUGCUCUGGCCGUUCUCUCGAGAGGCAGUUGUCUUGCGCUCGGCAAAUCAGGUGGCUCUCGAUAAGCGAGAGCUGGGGCAGAUUUGUGAGCCGAGCGUUUGCUCGCUUCCAACUGCUACCGGACACUGA